CGCCACCCUUCAGCGCUCCACUCAUUUGCAUAUUCUUACCUUUGUGGCCGAAGUGCAGCCAAUCAGCGAGCGCGGCGGCCAGCGCAGCUCCUCCCACCCACCCCAAGGCGGUGGCAUAGCCGGCGCGACACGCCGGGAGGGCGCGUGAGUUCCCAGCGCACUGCGGGCUCCAGCUGCCACCUGCCGCGAGGGAGAGGCGAGCGUUCGGACAGCAGGCGCCAGCCCGAGGGCCUCGCCGCUCCUGCCUGCCUGCCCGCCCGCCCGCGGCAGCCCCGUUCUCGCGCCGCGGCGAAGGGCGCUGGCGAGAUGGUUUGCGGGGGCUUCACCUGCUCCAAGAACUGCCUGUGCGCCCUCAACCUGCUCUACACGCUGGUCAGCCUGCUGCUGAUUGGAAUUGCAGCAUGGGGUAUAGGCUUUGGCCUCAUUUCUAGUUUCCGAGUAGUUGGCGUGGCAAUUGCAGUGGGGAUCUUUCUGUUCCUUAUUGCUUUGGUUGGAUUGAUCGGUGCAGUCAAACACCAUCAGGUGUUACUCUUCUUUUACAUGAUUAUUCUCUUGCUAGUGUUCAUUGUCCAGUUUUCCGUCUCCUGUGCUUGUUUGGCAUUGAACAAAGAUCAGCAGAGACAACUUCUCGAGGUUGGAUGGAACAACACAAAGAGUGCUAGAGAAGAUAUUGAGAGGAAUCUAGACUGUUGUGGUUUCAGAAACUUCAAUUCAAGUGAAACCUGCUCUGCUGCUUGCGUUAAAGAUAACCGAUGUUUAACAUGUGCACCUAUAAUAGAAGAAUAUUCAGGAAUGGUACUGAGAUUUGUAGGUGGCAUAGGACUCUUCUUCAGUUUCACUGAGAUUUUGGGAGUUUGGCUGACUUACAGAUACAGGAACCAAAAAGAUUCUCGUGCAAACCCUAGUGCAUUUCUUUGAUUGGAAAAUUUCUCAAGGACUGAAUGUCUUUUCCAGUUAAAAUAUGAAUUCUCUAGCAAUUAGCACUUCUGCACGCUAAGGAUCUGAAAGAAAACAAUUUUCCUACAUGGAGAUGUUUGUGCUUGUCAUCUUUGGUUUCCCAUCUUCACCUCUGGGUUCUCUAUCUGGAAAUAGAUAUAUCUAUUCUGUAGCUGAACGCAGUGUAAACACUUCUGAGAUGAUAGUUAACUGUUAGAUUACAACAAUUGCUGCAGUCUACUGUUUCAAGUUAGUUUUAUGGCACCAGAAUUUAUUGCCUUUCUUAGUGUGUUUUUUUUUUUUUUUUAAACCCCAACCGAACAACAAAAAAAUACAACCAACAUAUAUUCUGACAUUACCACUUUCUUGUGUGUUUUUUUUGUUGUGGUUUUUACAAAAAAAAAAUGCUUUCUCAUUAAAAUGAUGCAUCUGUAUGUUGAAUGCCCGUAGGGUGAAAUACAGUAAAUUUGUUUUUCUGUUGAAUCACUGUUUCCCAUUCUGCUGUGUGGGUUAAAUACCAUAGAGAACAUCUGAAAUAUUUAAGCUUAUCAACCCUUUAUUGUGUUUCUUUUAUUUUAGAUAAAUUCAAGAUACCAUUUUAGAUCAUGGAAAUAAACAUAUGUUAACUGACUUCUGUAGGGUUUAGUCUUGACAUCUUUAGAAUUGCAUUUAAAGAGAAUAAAAACAUUUUUUUAUCUUUGUAUCUAAGCAAUUGAGAAUAAUAAUGAGUGAGGAAAACCCAUUAAAAUUAACCUAUUGAAACUAAUUUUAAAAGUACUUUAAAAAAGCAACUUUCUUGAUAGGCGAAUGAACUGUGGUACUAAGACAAUAUCGGAACUGGUAAUGAUCCAUUUUGUUAGUGUAACAAAUUUUGAUUGAUGAUCAAAGAUUUCUUAUAAAACUAUUUUUACAGGUAGUUUAAAUUCAUUGUUGUAGUAACUUAUGAAAGUGUGAUUCUGACAUUCAUUGUCAAACCUGACCCAUCUUCAUCCUUCAGUAUCUAUUUAAAAUACUUGAUUUGAAAUGUAAUUGUAAAAAUAUCAUUGUGGCAUUUUUGGUAGUUUAAAAAUAAUAAUAAAAAAAAAAAAGUGCUUGUACUUGAAUGCUCUCUAAAACUUCAGAAGAAAUCACUGUCCUUGACCAAGUUGUUCAUAUGCUAAAAUAGAUACCUUUAUAGACCGUGAUACACUACACUGGAUGAUCAGAAGGCCUAAUCUUUAAGGUGCAUGAUGGUUUUUAACAUGCACUCUUUUCUCUGAAUUAUGGUUAAAUGUUGUCCUGUCUUCAGUGAAGGAUUUCAAUGGAGCUGCCCAUCUUGGCUGAAAUUCCUCCUCUUCUCCUUGUAUGACACUCAACUUGAAAAACUGGGAAGCUGCCCAGAAACAAUAUUUAGGAGAGCAGCUACAGAAGAGCGCAGGCAGCACAGGUUGGAGAGUAUGAGGGAAACAAGUGUAAUGUAGGUUGGGGCAGGAUGUUGAAGGGCCUUAUCUCCUAUUUAGUGAACUGAAUUUAGUAUGGUAAGCAGGUGCUCAGAUACAGAGAUGAUAGGACCCAUAUAGGCAUCUGUAUGCUCAGUUUCUUU